CCGCGCGGCCUACUCGGACGCCAUGCAGAAGGUGGGGCUGCUGCGGGGCUGCUGUGCCCAGGUGUGGAAGUCGGUGCGGAUGGCCAGCUCCGGGGCGGUGCGCCGGGACCUGCUGGCGAACAAAGUGGCCCUGGUGACGGCCUCCACCGACGGGAUCGGCUUUGCAAUCGCCCGGCGACUGGCCCAGGACGGGGCCCACGUGGUGGUCAGCAGCCGGAAGCAGCAGAAUGUGGACCGAGCCGUGUCCACGCUGCAGGGGGAGGGCCUGAGCGUGUCGGGCACCGUGUGCCACGUGGGGAAGGCCGAGGACCGCGAACGGCUAGUGGCCACGGCUGUGAAACUUCACGGGGGUGUGGACAUCUUGGUCUCCAAUGCAGCCGUCAACCCUUUCUUUGGAAGCAUGCUGGAUGCCUCAGAGGAGGUGUGGGACAAGAUUCUGGAUAUUAAUGUAAAGGCUACAGCCCUGUUGGCGAAGGCAGUGGUGCCCGAAAUGGAGAAACGCGGAGGUGGUUCAAUGGUGAUUGUGGCCUCCAUCGCAGGUUACAGUCCAUUUCCGGCUCUGGGUCCUUACAACGUGAGUAAAACAGCCUUGUUGGGCCUUACCAAGAACCUGGCAAUGGAGCUGGGCCCAAGGAAUAUUCGUGUGAACUGCCUGGCUCCUGGCCUCAUUAAGACCAGCUUCAGCAGCGUGUUUUGGACAGAUGAGGCAAGAGAAAACAGCAUAAAAGAAGUCCUGCGGAUAAGCAGGCUUGGCAAACCCGAAGAGUGUGCGGGCAUCGUGUCUUUCCUGUGCUCCGAGGAUGCCAGUUACAUCAAUGGGGAAACUGUGGUAGUGGGUGGAGGGUGCCCAUCCCGUCUCUGAACC